GUAUCGUAUUGGACCUCGACAGAUAAAAUCUGGGAGCAGGGCUUCAAAAGUCUGCACAUUUGUCCCUGCUCGGACAACGUCCGCCCACGACCUGAUGCCAUCGAUUCGGUCCUUUCGCUCUCCUUGCGACCCCACAUCACCUGCCUCGCAUCCCCAGAGACCUUCUCUCUGGAUCGAGCUGCGAAAGCCUCACCUGCGCGAAGGGACACGCAACUGAACGGGUGUGAGUCUCGCGUGGCCGCGACCCGAGCAGGCCAGACAUCGCCGUCGGCAGCUGUCAGUGACGGGACUUUUGCAGUGACAAGCCACUGGCAUUGUAGAGGCGAGACGACCCGUGAAUACUUCGCAGACAGCAUCGCCCGGGGAAAUACACUGUACUGGCCCUGUCUCGACUCGUUCCCAGUGGCCCCGGGAGGCUCGUUUUUCUCCACGGGCACCCACGAUUUCCUCCACGACUGCCGCCAUUCCACCACAAUUUCCCCGUCGACGUCUCGUCACCCCAUGGAAGCCCACCGAUGAAUUCUGUGGGUACAAUCGCCAGUGCUACGUCAUUGGCCCCGGCUGCUGCCAUUUCUCGGCGCGAGACCCCCUGGAAGGGACGCCAUCGCCGGACCCAUCAACCGCGGUGCUGCGUGCGUGUUCCAGACUGCUGGGCGGACCGGCAAGGUGGAUGAACUGCCGCAGGUCCAGCACUCGAUCGCUAAGGCACACCCUGCAUGAGGCCAGCAGCUGCCAGUGUCCUCGAUUGGGCUCGCUCUUUCUAGCGGCGCCCGAGGAAACAAACGAUUGACACGGCGAUACCACCCACCCACCUGCCAGUGGUGACCACCAGUAGAUACUGCGCAGGCAAGCUGGUAAGCAGGGCCUCGUUGAUGCUCCUGACCGCCCAGCAAUCAAGGCGCUCGCUGCUCCACCGUCUUGGCUGCCUGCAUCUCCGACCCCAACCAUCCAGAUCUCUUUGUGUUGUAUCGGCACAAAUCCUCGCUGGUCCGGACUCGUCCUGUCCAGGCUCGACUGAAUAUCCCUCGAGUCGCCCGCAGCAGGGGUCGCCCAGAUAUUGGUCGCCCAUGAUCUCAUUCCAGGUCUCGCCUGCAGCACAUCCGGCCCUUUUUUCUCGCUCCACUGCAAUCGCCCCGAGUCUCCGCCAGCCGCCGAGGCCACAGGCUUGUUGCUGGUAGCUGUUCCCGCCGCGUGGGAAUCCCAUUUGUCUUUGAUUGACCUCCGAGGUACCUCUCACCACCAACGGCCCGCCCGACCCAGCUGCGGCACCAGGUCCGCCCUCUUUGCCCAGGCUCUGGACGCUUUGUUGGCAGCAUCUCCUGCUUCCUGCUUCGGACGAGGAAGGCACCAGGCUCGAACAAGGCUGUCGGAAGGCUCAGGCACGGGGGGGAGGCACGGCACAAUCCCGCGACUGAGGAAUCCUAGCGACAGGCUCUACGUCACCGGGAUUGGGCGUCCUGCCUGCCUGCCUGCCUGCCAUCUCGGCCUCGAGCUUCUUGUGCAACGGCCGCCAAGCUGGAGCGGCCAUCCUCGCACGGCAGCGCCUCCUGGCGUGCCAUUGACGACUCAACCGCAACCGCUGGCGACUCAGACUAUGAUUUUCCAAAGGACAAAAGCCAGGGUCAGACUCGCGACUACUCAGCCCUCAGGCCGACAUAUCUCUGCUGGGCCCUAUUCCCAGUGCUAAUCUUACUCCUGCAGCUGGUGCUUCGUGACGCCAAGCUGCUCUAUUCCUCUCAUAUAAUAGCUCCCUUCCCUCUCUUCCGUCCCUCCUACUCCCCUCUCGCCCAAGUAUCUCCAGAGCCCGUGUGCGAAAUACCCCAAGUCUUUCCUACCUCAGCUCCCACAUCCAUACCGCUCACCAUGGGGCUCACGGCAGAGACCAACCGCGUCGUCAAGGAGUUCGACCUCAACGAUGCCGACCUCAACAAGGGCGUCGUUGAGUUCCUCAGCCAGAUGGAUGAGGGUCUCGAGAGGGACGGCACCAGCUUGAGCCAGAUUCCUACUUACGUCACUGGCGUCCCAAACGGCACCGAGAAGGGUCUCUACCUCGCCGUUGACCUAGGCGGAACGAACUUCCGAGUCUGCUCCAUCCAUCUCAAUGGCGACACAACAUUCAACCUGACUUACUCAAAAGUCGCCAUACCGAAGGAGCUGAUGACAGCCAAGACCGCCCAGCAGCUGUUUGGCUUCCUGGCAAAGCAGAUCGAGCUCUUCCUCCGCAAACACCACAGCGAGCAUUUCGAGCACCGCUUAAGGAGGCGCUUCACAUUCAGCAACCCAGAGGGCUUCAAGGACGAGGAGGUCUUCCGUCUCGGCUUCACAUUCAGCUUCCCAGUCCAACAAAUCGGUAUCAAUAAGGGUAUUCUUAUGCGCUGGACAAAGGGCUUUGACAUCCCCGACGCGGUGGGCAAGGAUGUCUGCCAACUGCUGCAGGUUGAAAUCGACAAGCUCGGCCUGCCUGUCAAGGUUGCUGCGCUCGUCAACGACACUGUGGGCACGCUGAUGGCACGCUCAUACGCAUCGCCUGGGAAGAAGGGUACAAUCCUGGGCGCAAUCUUUGGCACCGGCACCAACGGAGCAUACGUGGAGAAGCUCUCGAAUGUCAAGAAGCCCGUCCAGGGCGCCUUCGACAGGAGCACAGGAGACAUGAUCAUCAACACCGAGUGGGGUUCCUUCGACAACCAACUAAACGUGCUCCCCAAUACCACAUGGGACAAGCAAUUGGACAAGGACAGUAUUAACCCGGGCAUUCAGAUGUUCGAGAAGCGUGUUUCUGGCAUGUUCCUGGGCGAGAUCCUGCGUCUGGCCAUUGUCGACUUGCUGAAGGACGAGAAUGUGCAGCUCUUCAAGGAUGAGAACUCCAGCAAGAACGACUGGCGGUCGACAACGACCAUCGCCCAGGAAUCUGGCAUCUUCAAGCAAUGGGGAGUUGAUACAGCCAUCAUGUCUGUUGCUGCAGCAGAUAACACCCCGGACCUCGGCACUUUGCGCCAGGCCCUGGAAGACCAACUCCUUGUGUACAGCCCCUCAUUGGAGGACGCCCAGGCGUUCAAGGCCAUCGCCGAGUCUGUCGGCCGUCGCGCUGCCCGUCUUUCGGCCAUCAGUAUCGCUGCCAUUGUCCUCAAGACUGGCAAGCUGACCGACCCUGAAUGGGAGGGGGAGCCAAUUGACGUGGGUGUGGACGGCAGUCUCGUUGAGCACUACCCAUACUUCCGCGACAUGAUUUACGAGGCGUUCCGGGCCAUCCAGGGCAUCGGCGAAGAAGGUGCCAACAAGAUCCGCAUCGGAAUCGCGAAGGACGGAUCUGGUGUGGGUGCUGCCCUCAUCGCGCUCGUCGCGACAGGCGAGGAGAAGACCCAACCAACCCCCGAAUUCUUGAAAGAGCAACGCGUUUCUUCAUUUUCGAUUCCUGCAAUCCGGUGGCACCUUCGCAAGGUUCAGCCGUGGCAGUGGGCCGGCCUGGGACUGAUCGCAGGUCUUGUGGCGAUCCGGAAGAAGGAGUUCUUCGCGGGUCUUUGGGGGCGUUAUGUGGCUCGGAGCUAAUGUGGGCAUGCCCAUUGUCUUGUCUGCUCCAUUUAUUUACUGUACAUGAUAUGAUUACGGUUUGGCAUUCCGUCGGCAAGCGGGGUUUCUCUGGAUUGGUUUGGCUUGGGCAAUGCUCUGCAACUGCAACUUGCAUUUCUGGUAGGGGAUAAUUCUAUCAUGGUUCACACCGGAGUUCGCCCAGAAUUGAUCAAGUGUCGGGAAA